AUGAGCUCUCCUGAUGAGGCGUCUUUUCGGGGGACCAACUUGGGGCCAGAAAGUGGGGAGCCCUCAGAAAGACGCCGGUUUCCCCAGGGAUUCGCAAGGGGACAUGGCCUAGGACCUGAGGAGAGGCUGUUACGAAGCAGAGAAGACAAAAUGUGUCUCCCGGUUUCCAAGACUUUCCCGUAUGACUCCUGGUUAGACAGGGAGGAGAUGGAGGGAAGGUCAGUCAUUUGGGGCUGCGAAGGUCGGCCUGGCACUCCGGUUGAUGACAGGGGGGACAGUUUGGACUUUGUACAGCAUCUAGCCGUAGAAGGUACAAGCUUCGGGCAGCAUUUAGCCAACCGGGAGGCCUGGGGUGUCCACAGACAUCCGUCUCCACAAAGCUGUGCUGCUGAGCCCUUUAGCAUUUGGGGAGACUCAGAUGCUAGCAUGAUCAGGAGAGGGACGCGGCCUUUGACCUCUACGGAAGGGAAGCAGUUCACAGCUAGCCAACUGCACCCCAGAGCUCUGGGGCGAGGCAGGGCUUGGAUGACCUCAAGAAGAAGUGCCACAAGUAGGAUGAUAACCAGUGAUGAUGCUCAAUAUCCAUCCUCCGACCCUGAGUCUUCUGAUGAGUUCAGUGAGAUACAGAUGAUGAGGGUAACCAUUUGUCUCAAAGAAGGAAACCAGCCCAAGUCCACUGGCCUCACUGAACUGGAAGAUCCAGCCAGACACACGAAUGUCCAUGGCAGGGAAAGUUUUGUCCAUGUGCCUUCCACUUUGCUGGCUACUACUCCAAGAGGACUCAGUUCAGCCAUAGAAAAGCAGGCUUCAGGGGAGCUAGAAAGCUCUUUGUCUAAGAAAAAGCAGAGUAUGGUUUGGUGCAAAGAAGGGAGCAGGCCCAGCCACCAAGGAGCUACUGCAGCUGCUGCCGCCACUAUCAGUGCCUCUGCCACUGCCUCUACUGCCACCCCUGCCCCUGUUGCUGUUGCUUCCGGUGGCUUUCCCAAGACCAGUCCUAGAAAGAAGCCACCCUCAGAAAAGCCAUCUCAGUGGGAUGCCUCAAGAGGACCGGUGGGGAGAACCUUCCCACCAUGGGGACAGAGACUCAAGUCAGCUCCUGUAGAACCAGCCACUUUCCCCCCAAUCUCAGGGGUUGCCCUGCUAGGGAAGGCCAGUAAGUGCUCACUGCCUUCAGGACCCAAAGAGUGUAAGCCCUUCUGCACUGGGAAGAAAUUCAUGGUAAAGAAGUCAAAGGAGACACAGGCAGGGCCAAAAGAAGAUAAUAACUCACCAAGAGAUCCUGGACUGCAGGCCCAAGUUCCACCACACAGGGCAGAGCAGCCUUCCGUGUGCAUGUAUCGUGGAGAAAUGAGCAGUGGAGACUGCAACACCAGAGCAUCUCAAGUUCCAGGAAACCUGCAGUUCCUGUCCUUGAGCCAGAGAUGUCCCAGACCCAGAGCACCUGCCCCUGCUGGUGACCAGGAAAUACCUCUACGCCUACCAUUCCCAGUUGGAGACAGGCAGUACCCAGUACAAGGAGGGGGCUGCCAACAGUGUCUGAUGUUCCAGAAGGAAAUAGAUGAACUCAAGGAACAACUAGCGGUCAUGCAGGCCCUCAACGAAAAGUUCCAGGAUCUCUGA